AUGGCGGCCCUUAUCCACCAGUACCACCAUCCCGCCACCACCCUCUCUGCCUCCUCUCAACCCCAAUCCCGUCACCAGGUUUCCAACUCCAUUGCUCUACUACCACCUCAGGUAUCAUCUUAUCUUUCUAUCUCCAAACCACCUACUUCUCUCUCUCCUCCCAAAGGCCCACUCUUCUCAAACCCACCAGUUGUACUCUCCAAGCUACCAUCUUUUCAACCCAUUUUGACUCCGAAGCCACCUGAAACCUCUCAAACAUCAUCGAACCAUGAGUUUCCUCAUUUACUGAGAUUAUCUGUCUACUACACUGAUGUUCAAUUUAACAAAAUGUUCCAUGCCUCAAUUCUCAAGAUUGAGGAAGACACUUAUUUAUUCAAUGCUCUCAUUGCAUCUUAUCUCAGAUUGGGUCAAAUAAAUCAUGCUCAUAAAGUUUUUAGAACCCUUUCAAGCCCAGAUGUUGUGUCCUACACUGCAAUGAUUUCUGGUCUUGCCAAGUUGAAUCAUGAAAUUGAAGCUGUAAGACUGUUUUUUGAGAUGAAAUGCUCAGGUAUUGAACCAAAUGGGUAUACUUUUGUUGCUUUAUUAACUGCUUGUAUGCGUUCGUUGGAUUUAGAGUUGGGUUUCCAAGUCCACGCCUUCUUGAUUAAAACGGGUUAUUUGGAUUGCACUUAUGUUGUGAAUGCGCUUAUGGGAUUGUACAGUAAAUGCGGUUAUCUUGAUUUUGUUAUCGAUUUGUUUGAUGAUAUGCCUAAAAGGGACGUUGUAUCUUGGAAUACUGUGAUUUCUUGUCUGGUUAAUGAACGUAUGUACGAUAAAGCAUUUGAAUUGUUUCGCAUUAUGUUGAGACACAAUGGUUUUAGAGUGGAUUCUUUUACACUUUCAAGUCUCUUGGCUGCUUGUGCGGGAUGUCUUGCAAUGGGGGAAGGCCGAGAAAUUCAUGCAUAUGCUUAUAAAAUUGGGUACGAGAGCAAUAUGAGUGUAAAUAAUACACUAAUUGAGUUCUACUCCAAAUGCCGGAGUGUGAAAAAUGCUGUGACUUUGUUUGAGAGGAUGCCUGUGAAAGAUAUUUUCACAUGGACUGAAAUGAUUACGGCAUAUAUGGGAUGUGGACGUGUUGAUUUGGCUGUGGACAUCUUUGACAAAAUGCCCGAGAAGAAUUGCGUCUCCUACAAUGCUCUUUUUGCAGGAUUUUGUCAAAAUGGCGAGGGCUUCAGGGCUUUGGGAUUGUUUUGUAGAAUGGUGGAGGAAGGCAUAGAGUUAAAUGAUUUCACUUUGACAAGUGUUGUAAAUGCUUGUGGAUUGAUUAUGGAUUGCAAGAUCAGUGAACAGGUUCAUGGGUUUGUGCUCAAAUCAUAUUUUGAUUUAGAUGAUUGUACUGAGUCGGCGUUGCUUGACAUGUGCACCAGAUGUGGUCGAAUGGAUGAUGCUGAAAAGAUAUUCAAUCAAUUGCCGCUGAAUCAGAGCAAUUCAAUUAAUUAUACAUCAUUGAUUUGUGGAUAUGCUCGAAAUGCUCAACCAGAAAAAGCAAUUUCUUUAGUAUGCCAGUGGCAAAACGAAGAGUAUAAUUGUAUGGACGAAGUUGCAUUAGCUUCGGUACUUGGUAUAUGUGGAGCAUUGGGGCUUCAGAAAUUUGGCGAACAAAUUCAUUGUUAUGCUUUAAAACAUGAUUUCCUGUCUGAUAUAAGCGUGGGGAAUGCCAUAAUUAGCAUGUACUUUAAGUGUGAUGACAUGGAAAAAGCAAUUAAGGGCUUCAAUAUUAUGCCUGCACACGACACAAUUUCAUGGAACAGUUUGUUGACUGGACAUAUCCUUCAUAGGGAAGGGGAAGAGGCCUUGGCUGUGUGGGGGAAGAUGCAGAAGGCAGGAGUACAGCCGGAUACCAUUACAUGUGUCUUAAUAAUUUCAGCUUAUCAACACACUAACUCAAAUUUAGUUUCUCAUUGUCGUGAUUUUUUUCUCUCAAUGAAAUCCAUUUACCAUAUCGAACCCAAUUCAGAACAUUACACCUGCAUGGUUAUUGUUUUAGGUUAUUGGGGUCUUCUCGAGGAAGCAGAGGAUAUAAUCAACACGAUGCCAUUUGAGCCAAAUGCUUCUGUCUGGCGAGCGUUGCUUGAUAGUUGUAGAUUACAUCUGAAUGCAACAAUGGGGAAAAGGGCUGCUAAGAAAAUAUUGGCAAUGGAGCCACAAGAUCCAUCUACAUAUAUACUAAAAUCAAAUCUUUAUUCUGCGUCUGGUAGGUGGCACUGCUCGGAACUUGUUCGUGAAGACAUGAGGGAAAAAGGGUUUCAAAAAAUCCCUGGCCGGAGUUGGAUCGUUCAUCACAAUGAGGUUCAUUCUUUCUUUGCUCGGGAUAGAUCACAUUCACAAUCUAAAGACAUUUACAGUGCACUUGGGAUACUAUUCUUCGAAUGCUCGAAAGCUGGUUAUGUACCUGAUACAAGCUUUGUACUCCAUGACGUAGAGGAGCAUCACAAAAAGAAUUUUUUGCUGUACCAUAGUGGAAAACUAGCAGCCACCUUUGGGCUUCUAACGACCCUGCCGGGAAAACCUGUUCGGGUCAUGAAAAACAUCCUUCUCUGUGGAGACUGCCAUACAUUCUUGAAGUAUGUUUCAACCCUUACUAAAAGGGAGAUACAUGUAAGAGAUGCUUCAGGUUUUCACUAUUUUUCUAAUGGUAAAUGCUCAUGCAAAGAUUACUGGUGA